GGGGGCGUUGUCGUGGGGCUUGUGAGAAUCAACAUGGGAUACGGGUCUAAGUAUCUUAAAUACAAAUACCAGUAGCCAAGGUGCUGAAUCUUGUCUUCACCUCCAACCCGCCACGUCCGGUUCGUCUCUUGGUUCACUCCCGCGCCUGGUGCCCUUUCAUUCGUCUCUUCUCUCCUCUUCUUCUCUUCUUGACUAGGCCUUCUUUCAACUUCAAUUCAUUGCUGGCUGGCCAGCCGUUCAUUACCUUGCUUCGCUCAUAAAAAAAAAAAGACUUAGCACCAUCACAUCUGCCCAAGAUGCAUCAACCGUUCGGACACUUGCUCGUUGCUGGAGUCAUGGCCGCCUCGGCCGUCUCGUCGUUUUCCUUGGCUCCCACGGGCAGCGAAGUCGCUCGGCUUGUGGCGGCUCCCAUCUUGGCUCUGGCCGUCCCCGCCCACGGCCUGCCUGGCAUUGAGGCUCGCAUUCCUCACCACCAAGGAGCCAAUGUCCAGGGUAAUCGGAACGGUCGUAAUGGCCGGAACCGGAACAACGCCCGUGACGUUGCCGAUCACGAGGAGGACGACGAUGAUGUGGAGGACGACGACGUGAUCGAGCUUGAGUCCCGCGCUCCUCACCACCAGGGAGCCAAUACCCAGGGCAACCGGAACGGUCGUAAUGGCCGGAAUCGGAACAAUGCCCGUGACAUCCUCGCGUCCCUCGAGACCCGGGAGCCUCACCAUCAGGGCGCCGGUGCCGGUACCAACGCCAACGGCAACGCCCGGGGCAAUCUCAGGGGGAACGGCAGGGGCGGUGUCAGGGGUAGCGGCAGGGGCCGGAACAGGGGCAACGGCAACGGCAACGGCGCGGGCAACGGUGCUACCAACCAGACCGCCGUCUUCGAUCUGGAGUCGCGCGCGCCCCAUCAUCAGGGCGCCAACACCAACGCCAAUGGCCGGAACCGUGGGAACGGCCGCAUCAACCGAGUCAACCGCAUCAACGCCCGCGACGUCGAGUCGCUCGAGUCGCGCGCCCCCCACCAUCAGGGCGCCGGAGCCAACACAAAUGGCAACGGCCGGAACAGGAACAACGCCAACGGCAGGAACAGGAACAACAACACCAAUGCCAAUGCCAACAGUGCCAACGGUAGGAACAACAACAACAACAACAACAACGGGCAGGCCUUCGGUUUGCUCGAAACCCGCGAGCCUCACCACCAGGGCGCGAGUGCCAACGCCAACGGCCGGAACCGCGGGAACGGCCGGGUCAACCGUGUCAACCGUAUCAACGCCCGUGAUCUCGAGGCCCUCGAGCACCCAUGAACCCUUCCAGGAGAGAACAACAGCAUUCAA